AUGACAUCAGACGUCCGAAUCGCCCAAGCAAUUGGGACUAUUGGUUGCGCCGCUGCAGCAGGCGGAAUAGCAACACUUUCAAUACUCAACAUCCCAAACCUAGCCCUGCCACCCCGCCACCCAGGCAACAAGACCUUAACCCAAGACACCGCACCGGGAACACCAACCGCACACCUAACACACCAAUGGCUGGACCUGUACGACCGAGGCAAGAAGAUCUUCCCAGGUAUCGCAGGUGCCGCAUCCCUAGCCAACCUAUACGCAAUGUGGUCGCUGCGUGAUUCGCCAGCUCCGGCCCCUGCGCUCGUGGGGUCGAGCUGGUCCGGGGUUUAUGCCAUUGCUGUUGUUGUUACGAUGUCUAUUGCGCCGUUCACUGUGUUUGCCAUGGGCAAGACUAAUGGGCGGCUGAGGGCUCAUGCUGUGCGUGGCGAUGGGGCCGAGAGCGAGGGGACUGAGGGAAUGGUUGUUGGGGCGAAGGAGGAGGCGAAGUGGGAGAAGGAGGAUGGGGAGGUUCCGGCUUUGCUGAAGAAGUGGGCCAAGUUGAAUUUGAUUCGGGCUGUUUUCCCACUUGUUGGGGCUGGGAUUGGGUUCUAUGCGGCUGUUGGUUCUUGGGUUCUUCCCUAG